CAAUGCUCAGCGAGCUUGACCACCAAGAUGGCCGACGCUAUGGAGGAAUAUGAGAAAGAAGCUGGCUGCGUCCCUAUUCUCCAUCCCGAGGAAAUCAAACCCCAGAGUCACUACAACCAUGGCUACAGCGAGAACGUCGGCCGUAAAAGCCACGUGGACGACUACAGCACCUGGGACAUCGUCAAAGCCACACAGUACGGGAUCUUCGAGCGCUGCAGGGAGCUGGUGGAGGCCGGCUACGAUGUCCGGCAGCCAGACAAAGAAAACGUGACGCUCCUCCACUGGGCCGCCAUCAACAACAGGAUAGACCUGGUCAAGUACUACAUAUCAAAAGGGGCCAUAGUGGACCAGCUGGGAGGAGACCUCAACUCCACACCUCUGCACUGGGCCACCAGACAAGGCCAUCUAUCCAUGGUGGUGCAGCUCCUGAAGUACGGCGCGGACCCGUCUCUGAUCGACGGCGAGGGCUGCAGCUGUGUCCACCUCGCCGCGCAGUUCGGCCACACCUCCAUCGUGGCUUACCUCAUCGCCAAGGGACAGGACGUGGACAUGAUGGACCAGAACGGCAUGACCCCUCUGAUGUGGGCCGCCUACAGGACGCACAGUGUGGAUCCCACCCGGCUGCUACUGACCUUCAACGUGUCCGUCAACCUGGGGGACAAAUACCACAAGAACACGGCGCUGCACUGGGCCGUGCUGGCCGGCAACACCACCGUCAUCAGCCUGCUGCUGGACGCCAACGCCAACGUCGACGCACAGAACAUCAAGGGCGAGACGCCGCUAGACCUCGCCAAGCAGAGGAAGAACGUCUGGAUGAUCAAUCACUUACAGGAAGCACGCCAGGCCAAAGGCUACGACAGCCCGUCCUACCUGAAGAGACUGAAGAUGGACAAGGACUUCAGGCAGAAGGUGAUGCUGGGAACGCCCUUCCUGGUCAUCUGGCUCGUGGGCUUCAUCGCCGACCUCGACAUCGACUCCUGGUUGGCCAAGGGCAUCAUGUACGCCGGCGUCUGGGUCGCCGUGCAGUUCCUCUCCAAGGCUUUCUUUGACCACUCCAUGCACAGCGCUCUGCCUCUGGGAAUCUACCUGGCCACCAAGUUCUGGAUGUACACAACCUGGUUCUACUGGUUCUGGAACGAUCUACCCUUCGCCACCGUCCACAUCCCCUUCCUGUUAAACAGCAUGGCUCUGUUCUACAACUUUGGAAAAUCCUGGAAAUCCGACCCGGGAAUCAUCAAAGCCUCAGAGGAGCAGAAGAAAAAGACAAUUGUUGAGCUGGCGGAGACAGGCAGCCUGGAUCUCAGCAUAUUCUGCAGCACUUGCUUGAUACGGAAGCCCAUCAGGUCCAAACACUGUGCCGUGUGCAACCGCUGCAUCGCCAAAUUCGACCACCACUGUCCCUGGGUGGGGAACUGUGUGGGAAGUGGGAAUCACCGCUACUUCAUGGGUUACCUGUUCUUCCUGCUCUGCAUGAUCUGCUGGAUGAUGUACGGCUGCAUCUCCUACUGGAGGAUCCACUGUGCCACCAGUUACGCCAAGGACGGUUUCUGGCUCUACCUGACCCAGAUCGCCUCCUGCUCCCCCUGGAUGUUCUGGAUGUUCCUCAACAGCAUCUUCCACUUCAUGUGGGUGGCCGUGCUCAUCAUGUGCCAGCUCUACCAGAUCGCCGGUCUGGGAAUCACCACCAACGAAAGGAUGAACGCUCGGAGAUACAAGCACUUUAAAGUCACAGCCACGUCCAUCGAAAGCCCCUUCAACCACGGCUGCAUCCGAAACCUCAUAGAUUUCUUUGAGAUUCGCUGCUGCGGUCUGAUCCGGCCCGUGACGGUGGACUGGACCACGCAGUACACAAUAGAGUACGACCAGACAUCUGGCUCGGGCUACCAGCUGGUGUAAAGGAGGAGGAGGAGGAGGAGGGGGAAGAAGAAGAAGAUGAUGAUGAAGAAGAAGAAGAAGAAGGGGAAGGGGGGGGGCUAGAGGGAAUCAGGCGUCGUCCGGAGGAAAGAAAGAAGACAGAAGGAGGGUUUCCCUUCGAGCCCCGGCGUUCAUAUCGGAGCGAUGCUGUUCUCGGGAGCGCUUGCUUUUUUGGACCAUCUCUCCCUCACCGAUCAAAAAGACUGAAAAAAAAUAAUCAGCCGGGACUAGCAUGCUGUUACGGGGCAACACCACACCAAACCUUCCCCGCCCACCUCCCGAAACACCCUCACUACUAUUACUACUACUAAUACUUCUACUACUACUACUCUACGGCAUCAAACUCCACUUUCAUGACUGUUGCUACUGUCCGGCCCCCUCCCCCUCGUCUCUUCUCCCCAGGCCCGUUGGACGGUGCUUUGCUGCCAGGCAUGAAACGGAGAGGGGAGAGGGGGGGAAGGAGAAUUCCAAAAUAAAAGCUCUUCUAUUUGUUCACUGUACUGGAAACUGGACGCCGCAAAAAAAAAAAAAAAAAAAAAGGAAAAAAAAAAAGAGAGAGAGACAGCAGCGUGAUCAAACGGCAGUAUCGUUCUUCGUCUCCUUUCCCUCCCCCGAGUUUAUUAUUCCCCUAAAUCUUAUUUAUGGUGUCCCUGUUGAUGUGCCCUGUACUUUAUUAUUAUUAUUUUUUUUUAAUUUGUUGUCAUUAUCGAUUGGUUCAGGAACUCCGCUGUUCCUGUGAUACUGUGGUGGCCAGGGGAAGCUGAAGGAAGGCUGUUAUUGUUUUUAUUAAUAUUAUUAUGAUGACGAUGAUGAUGAUGAGGAGUUUGUUUCUAAGUAUGAUUUAGAUAAGGGAAUGUCUUUUUAAGGUCUUGAUUUUGCACCGGGAUUAACUUUCAGCUCGUAAAGAACUGAUGAGGAUCUUGCCAACGUUGUUGAACUUGUCAGAGAAAAUCAGUCGCUUGCAGAUGGAGCCGCUGGAGAAGUCCCGCUUUUUUUUUUUUCUUUCUUUUUCUUUUCUUUUCUUUAAGCUUUGCCGAAUUAACGCUGCAUUCGUCAGCUCGGUUAGGAAAUGCCAUAGUUUUGUUGUUGCAGAACGCUCAUUUUUUUAACACACCCUGUCUGCAGUAUUAACGCAGGAGAAACGCGCGGACGGGGACUUCUGCAGCGGCUGCCGCUGUAGACGUGACCGAAAAUAUCCUACAGACAAUGUGAUACAAGUAUAUUUAUUUUAAAGCUAUUUAUAGAUAAAAUAAUUAAGUCCUUGUACCAUCCUAUUUUUACAUUUCACAUCAUUUUUAGCCGAGUAGGAUUUUAUCAGAAAAAAAAAUUAUUAAAGCAGUUCCUGUAGUUGGACAUGGAGCCCCUGAGAACUCUACCAUAACCCUAUAGACAGGUACAGCACAUGUAUUUAUUAACAGAGGAGUUAGCUUAUAAGAGUUUUUAAAAACGAGAACAAUCUGAGGCCGCGGAAGGACAGACCAUGUCAUCUGUGACUUAACGUGAAAAUGGUUUCAGAGUUUACAAGAAAGGUUCAUUCCACGUGUGUUUGUCGAAAUGUGUAAAAAAAAAAAAAAAAAAAAAGUCUUAUUUCUUUGUUUUUUGGGGUUUUUGUUUGUCCGCACGUUAUGUUUUUUGUCUGCCUACAACAUUGCACUGAUCACCUUUUUUUUUUUGUUUUUUUUUUUUUUUGUUUUGUUUUCCAAUUCCUCCUUACUCACCGUUACUGAACAGAAGGGCCGAGUCGCGCCGUUUCAGACCGACGACACUUCUAUGUUUACAGAGAGGAAGAGGAGGGCCCGAUCGCAAACGGCCGCCUAUCUCGGUGCCCCUCCUCCUUCCCCCUGAGGUCGCAUCACUUCCUGUCUGGAUCCCCGUGCAGUCGGCUCCACAGCAGCAGCAGCAGCAGGACGGACUGAAGUGUAAAGAAUGUGCAUCUGUACAUAAACAAUCUAGAAAUAUUUCUCUGUGAGUGACUUUCUUUUUUUUUUUUUUUUUUUUUUUUUGUCAGUGUUAGUCGAAGCUGCUCCUGGAAACUUUGUUCUUUUUUUUUUGUUGUUUUUUUUUUGUUGUUUUUUUGGGGGGGAUUUCACCCAACCAAACGGAGAGAAGAAAAAAAGUGAUUAUUACUCCAAUUGUAUGACUGUAGCUUUUAGUGAUGUCCGACACUGCUGUCUAUAGGCAUUUUAACACCCCUCCCUCCCCGCCCCGCCCCGCCCCUCUCAUCCCCCUGCCGAGAAACUCCACUGCAUGUACUAUGCUUGGGACAGCCGGGCCGCCGCCGUCCCGUCGACCCAACCCAUCGCCAUCCAAGCUACCGAGGCGGCGGCCCGGCGAGCCACGUGUCUGUAUAUAGUGAAUGUUCAGUAUUUGCAAGUACUUUUCUGCGUUACGUUCAUUUUUGUCUGUUAUUUUUAUUUUAUUUUAUUAUUUCAUUUCCUUUUGUUGUUUUUUUUUUUCCUCUUUUUUUUUUUUUUUUAUUGUUUUCAAAUCCAGUGUGUGUAUCUCUUUGGUGCAAGUCGUCUUUUGGUCCGCGGGUGGCCAGGUCGCCGAGUCCGGCCGCUCCCGUGCAAGUGUGUAAUAUAUUUGAAUGUUUUCAUGCUGGUGGACUCUAGUCAUCCUAAAAGGGUUUUUUUUCUAUGUGAUAUAUUGCUGGGUUUGUUAUAUCACUGGAUGUACAAAUUGUAAAGCAAAGACACUAGAGAAAUAAGGCCAACGCCAAUUUUUUUUGUUUGUUUGUUUGUUUUUUGUUUGUUUCUUUGUUUGGUUUUGUUUUUCUAAAAGCUGAAAUGUGAUCAUGCAAUAGUUUAAGGAAUAGCGUUCAGAGGGAGGGUAUAUUAUACUAAGGCCUCCCGACUUUUUGGGCCUCAUGUUUGCAUCAUCAGAAGGGGACGGUUGUCUCAUCAUUUCACAUGCUUUACUCCCCCCCAACUCCCCCCCCCAAAAAAUCACCACUCCCUGAAAAUGCUGCGUCCCCCUAAAAGGCGGGCGCGGUCGUCACUGAUGUCAGCAACGCCCUGCAAAGGCAAAUGGCAAUAACUAGUUUUUGUGUGCUUUUAAAGUUGCAUCAAACGGUCAUAACUAGGUUUUUGAGUUCUUAUCAGCAUAAAUAGUACCUGUAAUUAUUAUUAGAUGACAAACUAGCCACAUCUGUGAUGUAUAUCUGAGAUAACUUUAAAGGAACGGUUUACCCAAAAUGCAAAAAACAACAAAUCAACAAAAAAAAAGAUAAUCUUCCCCAUUUAUCUCCUAAUGCGAUUUGGUGAGGUUUCCUGUCUCCCUGCAUAAUUCAAGAGUUUUUCACUGGCAAACUUAAGCUAUCCGCCUAAAAGUCAUACUCGUUGUGGGUGAACAGACAGAUUGCCAGUGUUCUUCAGCAGGAAAUAGCUCCCAAAAAUACCCGCCAAGGCCCUGUGGAGUUUCGGUGUAGUGUGUCUAUCCAUUUUCGUUGUGAUUUGGCGAGGUUUCCAGUCUGUUGGCAAUCUUCCCCGUCUAUCCUCUUUUGAUUUGUCAGCGUUGGGGCCAAUCUCGGAACAAUAUUUCAGUUUUUCCGGUGUAGCUGCUGGCUGCUUGAUUCUGUUUCCGUCGUGCAUUUCUGUUUCUGUGUCUUUUUAUUACGCAAGUCAGACGUUUCUCCACACAGCACGCAAACAUCGAUAGUUUUUGUAGGUGUUUUAGGUCCAGACGACAUUUCUUCCAACAUGUUGCGCCUCUUCCGCUCCACACACGGAUUAUUUACCUUCAUAAAACCAAUCGUGGUCUACAAACAGAAACCAGAACGCUUCCGAUACCAAAAUAUUCUCCCUUGCCUACAGAUUAUGUACAUAAAUAUAUAUCAAAUCUGUUUCUAGAGAUUAGGUUUGGGCAGAUACAGAUUUGCUGGCGUUCUUCGGCAGGAAAUAGUUCCUGACAAAACUCGCUGUAUGUAUUUUCUUGUCAGUUUGAGCUUCAUAAUCGAUGGAUUGGGGUGAAAGGAGACUGGAAACUUCACCAAAUCACACAGAAUCUGGAUGCAUAGACUGCACAGGGGGGGAACUGGGAAAAUAUCUUUUUUUGUUGUUGUUUUUUGUUUUUGUAUUUUGCGUGAACGGUUCCUCAAAGUCAUCUUCCUCCCCACGCCGCUCCUGCAGUUUGUCUUUGUAGGGCAGGUUUCACCGCUCAGAGGUCACUUAGGACAUGAAUUUGAAGCCAUUUCAGUCCUCACUAGUUCUUCCAACGGCCAACACGUCUUUUUCGUCGCCCUUCUCAUCUCACCGUGUGGGGGGGGGAUUAAAAAAAAAAAAAAAAAGCACAUAAUCAUCUCCAGUGCCUCUCCGCCCUCCUUCAGGACAUCACUGUAACUCCGCUUCAGAUGUAAACAUAUUGGGCAUGGUUCAGUUUUAAUGGCUUUAAUAAUAAAAUACAGUCAAAUGUGAA